AUGUCCCGCGGCGAGCGUGCGCUCCUCCUCCGGUUGGCUCUAAUCCCCACACUCGCCCACGGGACGAGCUGCGAUCCGUGCGGCGCGUCUGCCUCCUACACCGAGACCAUCGACACAAGCGGUACGCACCACAAGCGAACCAUCGUCAGCAACGGUUGCCCAAACCACUACAACCUGUGCACCGGUAAGAGCGGCGCCGCGGGGUGCGGCGCCAUCGGCGAGGAGGGAAACGCGAGUCAGGCUCGCAAGAUCACCUAUCACAUGGACAUCCCCGCCUACCCAGUUCUCGCGACAGAGAACGACGCCAGGCCUGAAUGUGAAAAGGAGACCAUCGCGAUGUCUCUCAAUGGCGUGCCAAUCUACUCGGGUGCCGUGGGCCCGAGCGACUGCGACAUUCUGGACCUCGACGACGCAAAUGCCAAGUGGACCUCCUUCGACUUUUGCGGCGGCCACGCUCGCUGCUUCGGUGGCGAGGGUGGCGGCAAGGGCGGCGGCAAGGGCGGCGGCAAGGGCGGCGGCAAGGGCGGCGGCAAGGGUGGUGAGUGCAAAGGCGACUACCAUUAUCACUUUCCGCCGUCGUGCCUCGAGACACAGAUCGGCAAUCUGACUGACGGGCACUCGCCCCAGAUCGGCUGGUCCCUCGACGGCUUCCCAAUCUAUGGGAGACUCGGCCCUGGCGGUGUCACCAUGGAGCACACAGCGCAGGGUUGCACCGGCACCUUCUGCCUGGACGACUGCUCGGGCUUCGAGAUGGAGAUCCCCCGUCGCACCUCGCAGGAGAUCCCGGGCCUCGAUGAGUUCAAGUAUAGGUACUACUUUAAUGGCCCUCUGUCCGACCUCGUCUCCCUUCCCACAAACCCCAAGCCGUCCGCCUCCGAUUACCCCUUUGCCAUGAAGUGCUACCGCGGCUUCUCCCUCAUCGCCGCCGUCGCCAUCGCCGCCUCCGCCGUCGCCAUCCUCGCCGCCACCGUCGUCGCCAUCCUCCUCCUCCUCUAG